AUGAAAAAUCACUCUAUGAUUACAGAGUUUGUGCUCUUGGGCAUUUCAGACGACCCGGAGCUUCAGGUUGUAAUUUUUUUCUUUUUGUUCAUUGCUUACACAUUAAGUGUGUGUGGAAACCUAACCAUCAUCACCCUCACCUUGCUUGAUUCUCGCUUAAAGACUCCUAUGUAUUUCUUCCUUCAGAAUUUCUCAUUCUUAGAAAUUAUGUUCACCAGUGUUUCUGUCCCUAGAUUUCUGGGGUCAAUAAUUACUAAAGUUAAGACCAUUUCCUACAACAACUGUUUGGCUCAGUUAUUUUUCUUCAUCUCCAUGGGAGUGUCUGAGUUCUUUCUUCUAACCGCUAUGUCUUAUGAUCGCUAUGUCGCCAUCUGCAAGCCACUGCAUUACACCGUCAUCAUGAGUCAGAAGGUCUGUGCCCUUCUUGUCCUCUCCUCGUGGCUGGCAGGAUUUCUGACCAUCUUCCCGCCGCUCAUGCUGGUACUUAAGUUAGAUUUCUGUGCCUCAAACAUCAUUGAUCACUUCUCCUGUGACUACUUCCCCAUUUUACAACUCUCCUGCUCAGACACAAGGAGUCUGGAGAUGAUUGGCUUUUAUUUUGCCUUUGUCACUCUGCUGUUCACGUUGGCCCUAGUGAUCUUGUCGUACAUCUGCAUCAUCAGCACCAUCCUGAGGUUCCCAUCCGCCAGCCAGAGGAAAAAGGCUUUCUCCACCUGCUCCUCUCACAUGAUUGUCAUCUCCAUCUCGUAUGGAAGCUGCAUCUUCAUGUACGUCAAACCUUCUGCCAACGAACGGGCAUCGCUGACCAAAGGGGUGGCUGUUCUCAAUACUUCAAUUGCUCCCAUGUUAAACCCUUUUAUUUAUACAUUGAGAAAUCAACAAGUCAAACAAGCGUUCAAGGAUUUAGUUCAUAGAGUAAUACUUUAUAGAAGCAAGUGA